AUGAUAAGCGCACUUUUCAUCUUCAAUGCCAAAGGCGACGUGCUCAUGUCGCGUCUUUUCAAAAGCGGCGUCCGCCAGCUGGUUUCAGACGUGUUUAGAAUCCAGGUGAUCAACCCCGCUGCCCGAUCAAACUCCUCCAGAGACGUGAGGCUGCCGGUGUUGACGUUGGGCAGCACGUCUUUUUUACAUACAAGGCUCGGCAACAUGUGGCUAGUGGCGGUGACGCGGUCGAAUCAGGACCUGCUGGUGAUCUUCGAGUUCUUAUUCACGUUUGCAGCAUUGCUUCGACACUUUUUCUUAAAAGAUCCAGGACACCAGCUAAAGGAGGAGGUGAUCACUGGCAAUUUCUGCGCUAUUUAUGAAAUGCUCGGCGAAAUGCUUCAGUUUGGGUACCCUACAAAUAUGGAGCCUACUUACUUAGCAUCGGUAGUACCGGGGCUUCCGCAGCCAAAGACAGGUUUUGACUUCCACGCGUCGCUUCGUAAGCCCAAUUCAGAAAAAACUUUGGAAAGAGCAGCUUCUUCGGCCAUGGACCACAGCUACGACUCGAACAUGGUGCUGUGGAGGGAUUCGGGGAUCAAGUAUCGCCGAAAUGAGAUUUUUCUCAAUGUGGAUGAGAAAGUUAAUAUCACAUUGGACAACCGUGGCAGGUGCCUUCGUUCGUUUAUCGACGGUGUUAUUUCUAUGAAGACACAUCUCUCGGGAAUGCCAGUUUGCCGUUUUGGCUUCGCUGACGAUAGAUCAGAUACAGGGCUCCUUGACAAGAUUAGUCUUGACGACUUUAAGUUUCACAAGUGCGUGGACUUGGCCAAGUACGAUACUGAUCGGGUGAUUCGGUUUGUGCCUCCUGACGGCGCCUUUCAACUCAUGUCCUAUCACAUCUCCAACCCAUUUGUGCUUCCUUUCAAAGUGGUUCCUAAAGUCAGUGUUGUUGGGGAUAGAAUGACCAUUAGAGUUAUUCUCCGAUCGACUUUUGAGUCAACUGUGGCCGCCACGGGCGUCACGGUCACAAUUCCAACCCCAGGAGAGAUUCUAAAAAAUAAUAUUACAUGCACCAACGGAAAGGCCAGGUACAGCCCUGGAGAAAACACGAUAACAUGGAAGUUCUCCAAGGUCUUUGGAGAGCUGGAACACUCUCUUAUUGCUGACCUCAAGCUUCCAGAGGCAGACGAGUUUCUGCUGAAGCACUCCACCACGAACAGGAAGCCCUUGGGCCUAGAUUUCACCAUGGACAUGUUCAGUGCCUCGGGGCUUUCCGUGAAAUUCUUGAAGGUGGUUGAGAAAUCCAAUUACAGAACCGUCAAGUGGAUCAAGUACACGACACUGGCCGGCUCCUACGAGAUACGAAUGUGA